AUGUUCCGCAUGUCUUCGCAACCCAGCAAGAAGAGGCGAUACACGUCGAGGCCGGCAGAACGCAAUGGCGGACCCAGCGUCAAUGGCGGUGGCAACAGCAACGGCGAUGGAGCGUCCAAAGCCGAUUUUUCGGACGAUGGCUUCGACUACAAUGACCCGCGAGAGACCUAUGGCAACCAGUCUCUGCCCGUCGCCGAGCUUCCCGUCGACUUUGACGGAAUACCACUCGACGGCGAACAGUACCUGGCCACGGUGAGGAUGGAAGCAGCGUCGCACCCCUCCAUCUUCUACGCGCCAAACAACCCCUAUGCGGCGCAGGACGAUGACGUGGUGGUAGCCCCUGCUCUUGCAGAGGACGCCACCGCACGCGACAGGACAGCGAAUCUGCUGCGGUCCCUUUCGAUGCCGUCCGAGGACUGGCGGCUCGCUUUCCUGGACAAGUUCCGCAACAUGCGAGAGUCUCUGAGCAACGCGCCGAUGGAAAAGGUCGCAUACGUUCAGGAUCGCCUGCCGAGGCCUGGAAACGCCGACGGCUGGUACGCCUGGAUCCACGGCACGCCGCCCGCUGCCGACGGUGAGGCGGCAAAGGAGGGAGCGAAAGCCUCGUCGUCGGCCGCGAUCAAGCCGCCGAGCGACCGCGAAGAUGACGAUAUGGACCUGGGCGAUUCGGACGCUGCCGAGGAGGCGGACACUCCCGGUUCCAGCAUCAAGGAGCCGUCGGGAGGAGCGCUUCGAAGGCUCAACACGGACCACGUCCUUGGCAUCCUCGACGCUUUCCCUUCGUGGCUCUCGCCGGGUCUGCACCUGACGACGCCCUACGACGAGGCGCGCGGGCAGCAGCCGGCGGUCGACGGCGUCGUGCGGCAGGACACGCCCGUCAUCCACCCGCUGCACGCCCGCUGGCUCUUUGCGCUGCUCGCCUGGCUCGACUCGCGACUGGUGAGCGAGCAGAUCAGCGUGCUGCGCACCCUCGCUCGGGCCUGCAUCACGGCCAUCUCGAUCAGCAGGAUCAGGAACAAGGCGCUGAAGAGCCGAAAGAAGAGACUUGCCGCAUCAUCCAACGGCGGCUCGGCGGCGACACCGACGACAGCAGCACCUGCGGAGGCCAGCGCGGGGGACUCGUCAUCAGGCUCUCCCCGCACUGCAUCGCCAGAGGCAGCGGACAGGGUGCACCCAGGGGAGAUCGGAGCCUGGAUGGUCGUGACGGCCAUUGCUGGCAUCUGGGGUCAGACGGACCUGUGGGACGACGCCAUCGCCGACCUCAAGAAGACCGCUGGCUGA